AUGCUUGCCCGCGUCCCAAGCACACGUGCCCGGAUUGUUUGUUCUUGCGCAAAGAGACGAGUCUCGAGGUCCCGUGUGGCUUUUGCCCGUUUUGCUGCCAUGCCCGCCAGCUCCUCCCGCUCCUCCAGCUCAAGCUCCUCCAGCAGCGUAAGCAGCCACCGCGAUAAAGUUCCAGAGUGCAAGCUGGUGCAAUGUUCGGCUUCGGAGACGGAGAGUUCCAUGAAUGAGCCGGCUCCUGCAAAGAAGCGUGCCUAUGCAGGUAUGCUGACGUGGCCUUGUCCACGAGCAUACAUGGAAACGUGCGACCGCCGCCAGCAGGAGAAGUGCUUGAAGCCCAGUGACCUCAGCAAGAAGGCCUUCCUUCAGGUGUUUCUUGACGUGUGUCAGGCUCGUGGUUCACGCCACACGAUUCAAAAGAUCAUUGUGGUAGAAGAGCCUCACAAACGCUAUGAACCUGGGUCCGACAAGCGUGAGCGUCACCAACACCUAGCAUUCCUGUGCAAUGCACAUUUUGUGCAUUGCAGUGUCCGCAAGGACUUGGCGACAAAACAUGGGAUACAUGCGUUUUUCACCUUCAAUCGCAGUGGUUUUGCUGCAUAUGUCAGCUACCUCUUGACUGAAGGCCCACGCAAACCAGGUCAAGAUCUAGAUGGAGAUGCUCUCUUUUGGCCACGCUCUUUUACUCGCGAGAAAGCCAUGGCCUUGACUGUCGCUCGCCCGCAAGAUGCCGCACAGAAAAAGAACAAAGGGAAGGUAACGCCAGCUCCUGCGGCUGAAAAACGUCGCACACGUCUCAGCUUCUCUGAGUUCACGGAUUUUGUGGUGGAACGCAACAUUCAGACGGUCUCUCGGUUGUGGCAGGCUGCCAAAACAGAAAAGCUGCAAGGUAACGUCCUGGUUUGGAAUCACGUUGGCAGCCUUCCGAAUGCAGAGAAGGAGUUGCACAAGGUGCUUGCAGCGUGGCAGCCUGCGUCCCAAAGCUCAACUUUGUUUACCCAAUCUCGGUAUGCCGUCUCAGCGUUUUCCAUCCCUGACGGUAUGAAGGAAUGGUUGAAGCACGAGACCAAAACAAAGGCCUUGGUGGUGCAAGGCGAUGGAGGGUUGGGCAAAACGGAGAUGGUCAUGGCAUGCUUGGUGGAGUUGUGCAGCGCAGUGCAUUUCCUGAACAAGAUGGAUGCCUUGAAGAAAGUGCGGUUGCUUCCGCACCAGGCUGUUGUUCUGGAUGACAUCAGCAUGGCCCGUCUUGAGAUAGACGAUGUGAAGGCAUGGUUUGAUUUGGAGAAACCGCGGGAUUGCGCUGGGCGUCAUGAGGAUGGAUUUCUCCCGGAGGGUGUGGUGAGAGUUUUUACGACCAACCACAAACCAGGCCAGUUCUUCCCCGUUGAGUAUUUCCAGGACGAUGCGCAUCGCAUUGCCGUCGACCGCCGGCAUCGCUGGCUCCAUGUUGUGGAAGAUCUCCGUAGGGUCGACGCUGCCCCCAGCGGCCCAAGCGCAAGCGCCCCUGUCGAGCCUGACAUCCCCUCGCUGCCUCUUGCAGAGUUUCCCGAGGACGACGAUGCUGGCUUGCGCGAUUUCUUCGUCUAG